UUCUCUUUUCUUCUCUUCAUCUCAACAUUAACAAACAUCAAUCCGACUCUCUCUGGAACUUUUUUGGGUGAAAAAACAUCUUUGUGUAUCAUCUGCUCAGAUAUAUUUGCUUCAGCAACAUGGGCCAAAAUACUACUAUGGAGGAGCCAGGAGGUUCGAAUGAUGGCCCUGAGUUGGUGAAAUCAGUCUCUGAUAAGCAUCUCGAUCUUUUGAGGCCAUCUGCACGAUAUUAUUCUGUAUUUAAAGGGCAAAUACCAGAUGCUACUACUCGGGACAAAGGCAAAUAUACCCUCAUUGGAGAUCCAGAGGACUUCCAAAUAGGGAUCUACGAUAAGCCUCUUCCAUGCUUUGGCUGUGGAAUUGGAUGGUUUUCUUUUCUUUUGGGAUUCCUUUUUCCACUGAUGUGGUACUAUGCGACAUUCCUUUAUUUUGGAAAUUACUAUCGAAAAGAUCCGAGGGAGCGAGCAGGCCUUGCUGCUUCUGCAUUUGCUGCAAUGGGAUGCUCUGUUGUGUUGUUGGUCGUAGUGGCUUUUCAACUGCUGUAGCUGGUUCAAAUUCCGACUGUGCCUUUAACACUUCUAUACCAUACAUGUUGACACAAAAAUACAAAGUCGAACAGCCAGAAAGUGCCAGCAUCCAUAGAUAAGAAUGCUGGGUCAUGAGCAGAAACUAAGGUUUUACAAAACUUUUCCCUGCAUUUGUGAUGGCUAUUUAUUCAUAAAACUUCAGUCACACAAGUUAAAUCCCUUGUGGACGUAGUUUACUAGUGGAAAGUCCUUCCGUUUACAGGGGAAGUUUUACUGUUGGACUUCAUAAGCAGGUGAAAUUUGAGUUGAUGAGAUUAGUUAUGGAAUUUGUUGUUAUAUGUUGGUAUGUAAUACAAGAAUGCCAUUUGUUGUAAAACUUUGUCGCAAUAAUAUACGCAAAUUUGAGGAGUGUCAGUUCCAAUUUGUGUCAAAA